CACAUUUUGGACAAAGCAAAGCCGUCUUAGUGCUGCACUCGACACACUGUCUCCAUGUGCUUUACACUGGGAGACGAGCAGCUUCAGAUCUGUGCUUCUUCUUUGAUGUGUACACUUUGUCGUGUGGGAACUGUGCUCGUCUGUCGGCUGACAGUCUUCAGUCUUUAUUAGAAUUAGUCUUGGCCUUCACUAAAUCUGUUACCACAGAGCUUGUUUUGAAUAACAAACAAAUGAACAAACAAUGUUCUACGAUGGGCGCAGCGUCUGUCACCAUUUCUCCAUGUGAUUGUGUGUCUGCCCUAAAUUCACUGUGGUUACUCUGAUAAACCACCUGACCAUCACCACUUUUAGCCACCUGACCAUCUACUUCACUUAUAUUCACAGUAGUUACUAGGCCAAACCACCACAUUUUAGCCUUAUGAAAUGAAUAUAUUAGUUAUUUUAAUUGUUAUUUUGUAAAUUCUCAUUCUAUAGCAUGUUAUCUACAAUUAAAACUACAAGCACCCACAACCAACCUGGAUCACCUGGUAAGCAGUUCUGGACUGGCUCCUCCAGCAACCAUGCAAACCCAGCUUUGCAGAAAAACUACAAUUCUUACAUCACUUCCUGUGAGCUACAUUUUUAACUGUCUCAAAAAUAACAAGCAUUUUCAAAAACUCUAGAGGUUCCCUAUUUAAACACUAAUGCAAAUUAAGAAAUAGGAAAAAACUAAGUAGUUUCUUCCAGUGACCACUGUGCCUCGAAGGGUUAUGUGAGGAAAAUGAUUUAUCACUGCUCUCUCUCCAUCACUAAACUUUCAUUUUUCUCUUGUUGACGGCUCCUUUACUUCACUGUGCAUUUUAAUCUCUGAGCCUCACAAGUGAGCAGUUAGUGGGUGAGGAAAUGUGCAGUUUCUCUACUGCAGUCUUAGUAAACUGAACACUAAAUUCAGGCGUAUUGUGGAUGAAUGUUUUACUCACAUUAAGGCACAUUUCAUACUGCACCUGCACUUCUUUGUGCAUCUUGUCCUCAGAUCUGAACUGUAACGUUUAAUGUAUAAAUCAAUAUAAGACUGUAAUCAGAUACAGAAUCACCACAGACUCAAAUGAGAAAAGGCUUUUCUGCUUCAUUCUCUUUAACCUCAAUUUCAUUCUUUAAAUAACAAAGCUGUUUCCAUCAGCUGGUAAACUAUUUCUGGUCUGAAAAAGCAGUCGCCACGUGAUAUUUCCUCAAAACUAUCAGACCAAUCAAAACAGCUCACAGCUCUAAAACGUCCACUCAGGUCACACAUGGGGCCUCUUUUACUACUGAACAGAUAAGAGAUCAGAACAUUAGAUCUCACCGUCUCUCUGUCUGAACAGCAGCAAUGAUCGGAUUACUUUUCACUCUCUGUCUCUUUGGAACUGUGAAAUCGUCUGACAUCGUUGAUCUUCAAGUACAAACAGUGAGGCGGGGAGACAACACGACAAUAAAAUGUCAUCAAAAAGCAGCCAAGCAUGAUUUAUUAACUUGGUAUCAACAGAGUUUAGGAAAGCUGCCUCAGUACAUCGUGAGACGAUUUGAGACUGAAGAAAACUCUCCUAAAAAAAAAGUAAAACACAGAUUUAGUAAGAAAUUUGAAAACAGCAGCUUCACUGUGGAUACAGAGACGUUUGAUUUCAGCAUUAAUGGAGUCAAAGAAGAAGAUGUAGGAAUAUAUUUCUGUGGAAAAGGAAGAUCAAAUAGUUUAGAGUUUCUAUCUGGAACCCUUUUGCUGUUUGCAGCUGAGAAGACUGACUAUCAUCCUCCACCUGACCCUGCUAUCAAGAAUGAAGAAGCUGUUAAACUCCAGUGUUCAGUAGAAGCAGUUACUCUGAGCUGUUCAGGAGAUCGCAGUGUGUACUGGAUCAGACACGGAUCAGGAGAAUCUCAUCAUGAUCAUGAAGCUAAAUCUGCUGGAAAAGACUUUUCAGAUAAGAAGGCCUGGAUUGUUUUCUUGGUAACGUCUAAUGUGAUAUCUGUUAUUUUGAUCGCGGUUCUGAGUGGAAUCUUAUGUAAAAAACAUCAAGAAGGUUCUGUCAAUGGUCACCAAGACAACUCAAACCAUGAGGUUGAGGAAACAGACGUUUUGAACUAUGCGACUGUGAAUUUUGCACAGAAACCCCCUUCCAGAGCCCCCAGAGUCGAGGAGAGUCAAGAUAUUUAUUCACAGGUUCAAGUACGAUAGUCAGUAUAAGUGAAGACAUUUUCUGUUUUAUUGCAUUUAAUCUUAUUUUACUUUGUGGUACUUUGUGUUUCUCAUUUCACUGGAUCUUCUGAACAGAAGCCAGUGCAGCAAAUCACACAACAAACAAGCUUAAAUUAGACAUGAUGGUGAAACUA